AUGCACUGCCUUUUCUCGACCGACGCAGCCUCAGCUCCCCUACAUCGCCUCAGCCGAAGUUACCCAGCACCACCCCGGCUCUCCGUCCUUCCCAAAAUCGACAAGCACCAACAAACAUCGGCACACCCGCACCACGGGCCGGACGGCACGGCGCCCGGCAGAGAAGAAGCGAAAAGCCACCCAGCACCACCCUACCAGCACUUCUACGAAGCGCUUCAUGGACAAGAGGCUAAGAGCCCAAUCGAACGCCUCAUCGCAACCCUCACCGCGUGGCGUUAG